AUGGCCGUAAACAACGAGAUGGAAGUUACAAGCCGUCGCGACGAAUGCUUUACCGGACUUCGAUCUGUCAUCGACGUGCUAGAUUUAGCCGUCGAUCGGAGGCUCAAGGCGCCGUUACCCGCAUCACGUGGACUCGGAAAACGGUUCAGGUUGUCUCCGGAGAUGGAUUUGGAUUCGCCCUUGCACUGCUGCAAGAUGGCCGUUUCGAUGAUUGCAGCAUCCACCGGGGAACAAAAUAGUCGUGUCCUAUGCACAAUCGACGCGUUGGACCUUGCCGUUGACGGUCGAAGGAUAUCCGUGGCCGCCGGACUGCCGAGUUGGCGCCGGGAACCCUUCCGGUCGUGUCCGGAGAUGACAGUGGAAUCGCUUCUGUACGGCAAUCGAAGACGAUCGAACGCCUCGUCGGAAGUCUCGAAGUCUCGCCGGAUGAACUCCCGUAGACACCUGAGCAGCCGCGGCGAAAAUCCGAGUGGAAAAGGUCCAAGCGAUUCGUCGUAA